GUAUUACUAAGCUUGAUUCUGCCUAUGCAUGCAUAAACCUUCAACAUAUUAUCGAAUUGUGUAUCGAACGCUGCGCGCUGAUCGCGCCUCUCUCAACAAGUCUCGACCCUCGUAGAGCAACUACGGUCCGGCAUUAACGCGACGAUAUCCGCUCGUGCCACAACACGACAACCCUGUGCUGUGUUAUUGAACUCGAUCCACUUGUGCGUGUUUUUUGAGAGAGACGUUCGUCUUUAUUCGUAUCAGAAAAAACGUUUGGUCCACUUUGUGCGCGUUUGAAAGACGUACCUACGUCGUUAUCCAUAUAACUGAAAAAAACUUUUAAAAAGUCGUUUGCUCGCGCAGCGGCCAUAGCGUGUGAUCGAAAAUUCGGAUCCGAUUUUCGUCGCUUCAACUAUACAAGUAGUUGAAUCCGUCGAGUUAAACAUGGAGAAUCCGCAGGGAUCGAGCGUUGGCGAGGAGACGAAUUUUGAUAAAAUUGUGGUUCACGAUGCCUCUCCCGAAGCUGUAAAAAGUCUCAUAUGUAACGUCAGUAAUGUGGUUCAGGAUGAGGCUGUUAUAGAAAGCAAAGUACCAGAAGAUACUGGUAUUAUAAAUGAAUUAUUUACCAAUGAUACACACAAAAAUUCAAAUGGCAUUGAAAAGAAUGAUUUAUUUUCGAUCAAGAAAAUAAGUAAUGAUUCUGUAUUGGUAAUCAACGUUGAUGAAAAAGAAACAUCAGAAUUGUCUGUUGCUGACGAUACUGUAAAAAAUUUGAAUGAUACAAAGGUAGCAGCUGAAUCUGAUACUCAAGAAAACAUUUCUAGUAUGGAUAAAACUUUAGAAGUUGAGCCAGUAGAUAAUACCUUACCAUGUACAAAUGAAACAAUGCUAGAAAAAGCUGUUGAACUAGAAAACGUACAGAGUAUACAUAAAGUUUCUGAAAUCAAGUCAGUAGAUGAUGCCUCAUUAACUUUGAAUAAUGACAAAGUAGAAAAGUAUGUUGAGCAAGAAAACAUAUCAAGUGAGAAUAAAGCUUCUGAUAUCCCGCCGAUAGAAGAAAUACUUUUUGGUCUCAAAAGUCAUGAUGACGCUCUUUAUAUGCAGACAUGCAUAGGAGAAUCAAGAGAUAAUUCAUUUCAAAAUAAUUCUACCAAAGAUGAACCAUCUUCUGUUACAACUGAUACAAUUACUAGUACUGAUAAUGAACCAUUGAAAGGAACUGUUGCCAAUCCAAAUAUUCCACUGGAAAAUCCUGAAGUUACUGGUGUGUCUGAAGAAAAAAAUGAUGAAAAUAAGAAUAAUUUUGAAGAGCAAAAGGAGUUAUCUUCAAUUGAAAAACAAGAAAAUGAAAAUUCAAAUGAAACUUUUGAAAAAUUGAAAUUAGAAAGUGAACGUAAUGAUGUUGCAAGGGAUUAUAAAAAGCGAAGCACUGAUAGAGAAAAUACAUUUUCCAAAAUCUCAGGCAUGUGUUGGCUCAAAUCACAAAAUGGAACAACUGAAGGCACACUUGUGCCAAUUAAUAAUCUUAAAUCCAGUGUGACAAAGUUGGAUAAGUCAGCACAAGAUCCUGAUCAACAUUCAGAAAUGGAGUUCAAAACCAAUUUAUCGCAAGAAAAUGAAGUAUCAAAAGAUUUAAUAGGUUUUGAUCAAAGUUUAAAUAAGAGUUUAAAUGAAGAAAUGAAAUUAAAUGUAUUUGAGAAUAACAGUAUAUCAAAUAAUGAUAACACAAUUGGUUUCUUUAAUCCAGAACAGGAGAAAACUGAGACCAAUUCACUAAAACAUGAAGAGAAAAAUGCAACUUCUCUAGAAAAAUGCAUAGAACAGAGUCAUUCUAAUAAAUGUGAAGUAUCAAAAGAUGAAAUUGGUUCUGAUAAAACUUUGAAUGCAGAAAUUCAUUUAACUGAAGUUGAGAAGAAUAAUAUACCAAAUGAUGAUAAUAAAAUGGAUUCCUUCAAUCCUCUACCAGAGAAAACUGAGACAAAACCAUCAAAACUAGAAGAGAUGGAUUUAGUUCAGGCUCAGAAUUUAAAAAUUGCUGAAACUACUGAAAGUAUAAUGACACAACAGACUCAGAACCAAGACCUUCCUAAACCGAUUCGUGGAAGAGCAGGCGCGGAAGAUAACACAAAUACAGCUAUUCAAAGUAAAGAAAAACAACCAAAUCAAAUAAUAAAUUCUUCAAAUAAACUACAUGAUCAAGAAAAAUCUUCCCAAAAUUAUAAUGUUAAGCGAGAUAGUUCAAUUGAUAAAAAACAAGAGCAACAAAAAUGUCCUCACCAACUACAAGAUAACUAUAGAUCUAGACCAAGUUCGAGGAAUCAAAAUGAUAGACGAGAUGAGAUUAAUUAUAAGAAUCGAGAUAAUAAUAGUACUGAUCGUAGAGAUAAUUAUAAUUAUGGUAGAAAUGAUGGAAAUAAUGGAAAUAGUUUUAAAAAUCAAGAAAACUAUGGAAGAAAUGAAGGAAGCAGUGGAAAUAAUUUUAAAAAUCAGGAUAAUUAUAGUAGAAAUGGAGGAAACAAUGGAAACAGUUACAGAGCUCAAGAUAACUACAGUAGAAAUGAUGGAAACAGUUUCAAGAAUCAAGAUAACUAUGGAAGGAAUGAUGGAAACAAUGGAAACAGUUUUAAGAAUCAGGAUAACUAUGGUAGAAAUGGUGGAAAUACUGGAAACACUGGAAAUAAUUUCAAAACUCAAGAAAAUUAUGGUAGAAAUGAUGGAAAUAAUUAUAAAAAUGAAGAUAACUAUGGUAGAAAUGAUGGAAACAGUGGAAACAGUUUUAAGAAUCAGGAUAACUAUGGUAGAAAUGGUGGGAAUACUGGAAACACUGGAAAUGUAUAUAAAAAUCAAGAAAACUAUAGUAGGAAUGAAGGAAACAGCUAUAAAAAUCAGGAUAACUACAGUCGUACUGUUGGAAACUCUGGAAAUAGUUUCAAAAAUCAAGAAAACUAUGGAAGGAAUGAUGGAAACAGUGUAAAUAGUGGAAGCAGUUUCAAAAAUCAGGAUAACUAUAGUAAAAUUGAUGGAAAUACCGGAAAUAGUUUCAAAAGUCAAGGAAACUUUGGUAGAAAUGAUGGGAGUACUGGAAACAAUUAUAAAAAUCAAGAUAACUAUGGUGGUAAUCGAGGCGACAAGUAUAAGCAUGACUACAAUAUUCAGGAAUCAAACACAAAAAAUCAAAAUUAUGAUAGAACCGAGACUCAAAAGAAGAAUGAUUCUUCAAACAAGAAUUUGAAAGCUCCCAUAAAUAACAUUCCUUUUUUCAAUCCAAGUCAAUCUCUUCAACAUCAUGAUAGUGGCAAUUCUAAGAAUCAAGAUCGCUCAAGCUUUGCUAAUAAAAGUUCAAGUACAGAUAAUAGCAAUGAUAAUAAUAGUAAGAAUAAAAAAUCUAAUACAGAUAAAGAGGGAGAUUUCAAACGUCGUCGCAGCGAUGCCCAAAGAAAUGAUGGUAAUUCAAAGCAAGGAGGUAAUCAACCUGAAAAAGUGAAUCAAAAUAAAACGCUUCAAAGUAACAGUAACUCUAGUAAAUUGAAUACUAAUAGCUCUGCAAGUAAAACUGAGUCUAUGAAGAAAGUUUCCGAAAUUGAAUCCAAACAUUUCAAAAAAGAAUCUAACUCUAGUCAAUUAAAACAUGAAGAUUUACAUGGAUCCAAAGUGAAUUCAAUAAAUCAAAAUGUCUCUUCAUCUUUGAAGAAAAAUUCUUCAGCACCUAGGCAAAACAUGAAUGAUAAUAUGAGUCAUGCAAAUCAAACUAAACAAGUCAAAUUCAAAGAUGAUGUCAACACUACAGCACAGAGAAAUGGUCAGAACGAUCAAGCUAAUAAAAUCAAAAGUACAUUAAAAGUUGAUUCAUCGCAUACUCGAGAACUACCAACUGAAAAUAAAUAUUUUGUUGAAAAUGAGUCCAUGACCAAAAAUAUAGCAGGGUCUCAGCAGACUGAUGUAUAUCAUCAAUUAAAAAGUAAUGAGGUGACAUUUACUGAAACAAAUCAGGGGAUGAAAUCAGCUAGCACAUCAAAAAUGUACAUGCAACCUGAUAUUCCUACUUCAAGCUGCCACUCAUCAAAUAUAAAUAAUUUUGGAUCCCAUCAAUCUUCUUCUAGAUCUUUAUCUCCUGAUUGGGAAUCGAAUAAAAUGUCAGAUAAGGCACUGUGUUUUAAUACAUUUAUGAAUUUAGCUGAUGAGUACUUUGCCCUUAAACAAAAUUCAUUAGAUUUAGCUAAAAAACAAGCAUUAGUACAAGCGCAGAUGUUUGGUCUCGAGUUGAAUUUGCGCAAGUUAUACGAUGUAUUUGUGCCUGUCAGCGAAAGAACUCCAGAACUCGAAAAAAUAUUGAGUUUGCCUAAAUUCGCGCCUCAUGGAGAAUUGCUCAACUUGUUGAAUACCCGCAGUAUUCUCACCGUGCCAACCUUACCUAUGACCGGUUACAAUGCAGCCACCACAGGAAGUUUGUUUUCGAGUGCUACAAUGGUACCUAAUGUCUCAUUUACAGACAAUAGUUUUUCAAGUCAAAAUCUUCCGAAUCUGAGUGUACCAAACAUCUCAAGUACGUUCCCACAUACAGCGAGAUCUUUGCCAAAUUUCAAUCAAACCGCAUCGUUUGAUAGUCAUAAAAAUGUUAACUUGCACGAACAUGAAAUGUCUAACGAAGAACUGUCUCUUCAGCAGGUUUUAGGUAUGCAAUACCACCGAAACAGUGUUUCCAUGUAAAGUGCAAUUGCACACUAAUAAGCUUUUGAGUUAGCGCGAAAAAGUAUAUAUUUAUCAUAAUGCGUAAUGAUAGCUAUUAUAUUUUGUUAAAAUAUUUAAAUAUUUAAUUUUGAUCUCUAAGAAGUUACUUUUUAUACAAUUAAUUGCUUCACUAUUAUUACAAUAAGAUUGAUUAAAUCAUAUUUACAUGAUUAUAACAUUGGUGUUUAAAAACAUCCAAAAUUCGUCAAGGCAGUAGCGUUUGCAUGAAUCUUAGAUACAUUAAAAUUGUUGACGUUUUAUUUUCAUUCAAAUUGAAAUAACUACUGUUACUUUGACAAUCAUCAUAAAUAAAUAAUUUCAUAAUUCUAAAA